AAGAAGCCUUUCCCAGAAAUCGACCCCAUAUAUGACGCCGAUGACUCCGACGAGGAAACUACUAACACGACGGGCAAUGUUCCAAAAGAGUGGUACGAUGAGUUUCCUCACGUUGGAUACUCUAUUGACGGCAAACCGAUCAUGCGGGGCGAGAAGGGAGAUCAACUGGAUAACUUCUUGAGUAUCAUGGACGAUCCAAAUGCGUGGAGAUCCGCAUACGAUUCCAUCGAAGACAAAAACGUUGUUUUGACGAAAGAGGAACUGGCUAUCAUCAAAAGGAUUCAGUCUGGAGGUUUCCCAGAUGCCGAGGAAGACCCUUACCAGCCAACGGUGGAAUGGUUCUCAAGCCAGACCAUGCAAACCGCUCUUUCGGCUGCACCCGAGCCUAAGCGCCGAUUUGUACCGUCCAAAUGGGAGGCUCAGCGCAUCAUGCAUAUUGUGCGUGCCAUCAGGCAAGGGCGGAUCGUUCCUGGCAAGAAGCCUGACAACAAGCCCAGCCUUCAGGAUCGCAUGUACGACAUCUGGGGUGAUGCAAUUGACCCCAUUGAACGUGGUAUCAUGCAUAUCUCUGCGCCAAAGGCUUCUUUGCCGGAACACGACGAGUCAUACAACCCGCCACAGGAGUACAUUCCGACAGAGAAGGAGGCUGCUGAAUGGCGCGCAUUGGACGCUCCCGACCGCCCACGAAACUUCCUACCGCGCAAGCACGAUAAUCUACGAAGCGUUCCUGGCUAUGACAGGUUUAUCCAGGAGCGUUUCGACAGGUGUUUGGAUCUCUACCUCUGCCCGCGUAUUGUGAAGAAGAAGCUGAACAUCGACCCGGACUCCCUCAUCCCUAAACUCCCCAACCCCCGCGACCUGAAACCGUUCCCAUCCCAGCUCGCCAUCACCUUCAAGGGCCACAGUGCUCGUGUACGCCAUUUCUCGAUGGACCCAUCCGGGCAAUGGCUGGCAUCCGCGUCCGAUGAUUCUUCUGUAAAGUUGUGGGAAAUUGUGUCGGGUCGCUGUGUAUCUACGUGGAAGUUCGAUGAGCCGGUCUCGAUGGUUGCAUGGAAUCCCAACAAAUCUGUAGCGCUUCUCGCUGUGUCGGUGAAAACCGAUGUCCAUUUCGUUGUCCCUCCACUAAUAGCGGCACCCGCUGAAGCUAUCGACGCAACGGAAGCCCUCGUCGCUCACCUGUGGACACUCCAAACACCGACAACAAACGCCGCUUGCAAAUGGGUCAAGCCUGCCACCGCACCCGCAACCUCCACGCCCACCAAACCCCGUAUCCUCACCACCCUCUCCUUCACCCACAACGUGACGCAUCUCACAUGGCACCGCAAAGGAGACUACCUGGCCACCGUAGCCGCCGACGCCCGCUCCUCCGCCGUCCUCAUCCACCAACUAUCCAAAAAACAAACCCAAAACCCCUUCUCGGCCUCCAAACGCUCCGCCACCUCCAACACCCUCGUCCAACGCGUCGUCUUCCACCCCUCCAAACCCAUCUUCCUCGUCGCCACCCAGCGCGCCGUCCGCGUCUACAACCUCGGCACCCAGAAACUCGUCACGACGCUCAUCCCAUCAACGAAAUGGAUCUCCUCCCUCGCGGUGCACCCCGCGGGCGACAACGUGCUCGUUGGCACCUACGACAAGCGCGUGGCAUGGUUUGACCUGGACCUCUCGUCGAAACCGUACAAGCAGCUGAGGUACCACGCGAAGGCGGUGCGUGAUGUGGCGUUUGCGAAUAGGUAUCCGCUGUUUGCGUCGGCGGCGGAUGAUGGGAAUGUGAAUGUGUUCCAUGGGAUGGUGUAUGCGGACUUGAUGAUGAAUCCGUUGAUUGUGCCGGUGAAGACUUUGAAAGCGCAUGAUGUCGUUGAUGGUCUUGGUGUCCUCCACGUUGAAUUCCACCCCACACAACCAUGGCUUCUGUCCUCCGGUGCCGACGGCACGCUCAAGCUCUUCUCUUAA